GCAGCGCUGAGCGUGGGCUAGGGGGGACCCGGGGGGUCUGCGACCUGGAGGAGGGGAAAUCCGAGACGCGUGACCCUGAAGCCGCGGGAGAGGCCCAGCGCGGGCUGGAGAGAUGGCCGGGACAGAUGCCGAGACGUUCGGAUGGGCUGUAACAGAAGAAGGUCCGCAGAAGCUGUUGUGGUCGUCCGGGGGCCCGUCAUGCUGGUGACUGCAUACCUCGUCUUUGUGGUCCUCCUGGCCUUUUGCCUGGGGUUGGAGCUGUCAAGAUGCCGGGCUAAGCCCCCUGGAAGGGUCUGCAGCAACCCCUCCUUCCUCCGGUUUCAACUGGACUUCUAUCAGGUCUACUUCCUGGCCUUGGCAGCUGACUGGCUCCAGGCGCCCUACCUCUAUAAACUCUAUCAGCAUUACCACUUUCUGGAGGGUCAGAUUGCCAUCCUCUAUGUCUGUGGCCUGGCCUCCACAGUCCUUUUUGGACUGGUGUCCUCCUCCCUUGUGGACUGGCUGGGUCGCAAGAAGUCUUGUGUUCUCUUCUCCCUUACUUACUCGCUAUGUUGCUUAACCAAGCUCUCUCAGGACUACUUUGUACUGCUGGUGGGCCGAGCACUAGGAGGGCUGUCCACAGCCCUGCUCUUCUCGGCCUUUGAGGCCUGGUACGUGCAUGAGCAUGUGGAGCGUCAUGACUUCCCUGCUGAGUGGAUCCCAGCCACCUUUGCCCGAGCUGCCUUCUGGAACCAUGUGCUGGCCAUCGCAGCAGGUGUGGCAGCUGAGGCCGUGGCCUGUUGGAUGGGACUAGGCCCUGUAGCACCCUUUGUGGCUGCCAUCCCUCUUUUGGCUCUGACUGGGGCCUUUGCCCUUUACAGCUGGGGAGAGAACUAUGAUCGACAGCGUGCCUUCUCAAGGACAUGUGCUGGGGGCCUGCGAUGCCUCCUGUCUGACCGCCGAGUAUUGCUGCUGGGCACCAUACAGGCCCUGUUUGAGAGUGUCAUCUACAUCUUUGUCUUCCUGUGGACACCUGUGCUGGACCCACAUGGGGCCCCACUGGGUAUUGUCUUCUCCAGCUUCAUGGCAGCCAGCUUGCUUGGUUCUUCCUUGUACCGCAUUGCCACCUCCAAGAGGUACCACCUUCAGCCCAUGCACCUGCUCUCCCUUGCUGUCCUCAUCGUCGUCUUCUCCCUUUUCAUGUUGACUUUUUCUACCAGUCCAGGCCAGGAGAGCCCGGCAGAGUCCUUCAUAGCCUUCCUACUUAUUGAAUUGGCCUGUGGCCUCUACUUUCCAAGCAUGAGCUUCCUACGGAGGAAGGUCAUCCCUGAAACAGAGCAAGCUGGUGUACUCAACUGGUUCCGGGUGCCCUUGCACUUACUGGCCUGCCUAGGCCUCCUUGUCCUCCAUGACAGUGAUCGCAAAAUGGGCACUCAGAACAUGUUCAGCAUCUGUUCUGCCGUCAUGGUGAUGGCUCUGCUGGCAGUGGUGGGGCUCUUCACUGUGGUCAGACAUGAUGCUGAGCUGCGGGUUUCCUCACCCACUGGGGAGCCCUAUGCCCCUGAGCUUUAACUCUGUUCGAGGACUAGGGGGCUGGCAUAGACUCUUGCAUUCAGCCUCCACAGGGUUGUACAGACUUUGCAAAUAUCUGGUACCUGAGCCUGUCCUGCCAGUGCUUUGGCUCCGAGAGCAUAUGGGGGUGAUGACUGGAAAGAAGGUGCCAAAACUGCCUCUGUGUUGCUCCCUUUCCACUUAAAAUAAACACUGUCUGUCUGUCA